CAGGCAGAGCAGCACAGGGCAUGGAGUUUGGAACUUUCCGGGGAAAGAUUCCGUGAGGCACCCCCAGGACCAGGCUACACACACAGCAUGGGCGGCCAUGUCAACCUGGCGGCCGGGAUCUGUGUAUUAGGAGCUCUCUUAUCUAGCAGCAGCCUGCAAGUGCGAGCAGCUUCAUUUUAUGGAGAAAGUUAUAUUGAGUUAAAAACCGAAGAAUCGUUCUCCACAUCAUCUCUUCAACUUCGAUUCCGUACAAGCAAGCCAAAUGGACUACUCUUCCUCGCAGCUGGGAAGAAUGACUACUGCUUACUACAGCUAUACAACGGACAUGUUCAGGUAAAAAUGAAGCUUGGGAAAAAUGAACACAUCAUCCUCCUUGACCAGACACCUCGACUCGAUGACUUGGAAUGGCACUUCAUUACAUUAAAUCAUAAAAAUGCUGAUGUUGUUCUUAAUGUUGAUACAAAUUACAAAUCAAGUAUAAAAAUUUCUGGAGGAUCUUAUAAAAUCAAUGUUCAACAUGGACUUUAUGUUGGUGGUAUUGGUGACCUCAAUGCCCCAUACAAAAAUCAAGUUCAUGGUUACUUCAGAGGAUGCUUGGAUGAUGUUGUAUUCAAUGAGCAUAAAUUACUUUCCUCUCUGAGACCAUACCCUGGUUUGAAAAGUGUCUAUGAAGUAUCCCUCGGUUGCAGCGAUGAGUUCUUAAUCACUGAAGAUGACCCUAUCAAUUUUUUCAGCUCCAAGUCAUACAUAGCUUUUCCCUCUUGGAAUGUUGGUGAAGGAGGAAUCUGGGAAUGCUUACUGCAGACCUCCAUUGGAAGAGGGUUACUGCUUUAUCAUACAGGAAAAAAUGGGUAUUUUGUUUCAUUGGAAGUUCAAGACUGGAUAGUAAAAGCUCGUAUAGGAAAAGGGAAAAAUGCAGUCCACCUUUCCUCUAUCAAAACCAUUACAGAGAACAAGUGGCAUUCACUUAAACUUAAGAUCACAGAGAACCAUCUGCAUCUGACAGUAGACCAAGAAUCUGCAAAGGCAUUGCUUGCUUCUCCCUUAAACACUAAUCAGUUGAAUGGAUCAUUGUAUGUUGGUGGUGUAGAUGAUGCUUCACGUCCUCAUAUAAUUAGCUUAGGUCUACCUGCAGUUUCUGGCAAGCAUGCAAAAGGUGGUUCAUUUAAAGGCUGCAUGAAAAACAUAAGAAUAAAUUCUGUGAAGUAUGGACUGAAACAUGUGCUGUCUAGUAAAGAUAUCUCUCCUGGCUGCAAAACUGAAAUAAUGCAAGUCUUGGAAACCAAAACCGUAUCUAUUACAACUGUUGCUCCAACUACCAGUUUAGUUACUACUCCUUCUGUGGCCAAACAUAAUGUUAAAGACCGAUUCCUCAUUUUGAAUAAUUUAAUCGUACAGGAGGGAGGAAGAGCUGCUCUACUGUCUAAACAUAUCAAACUCCAACUGGAUUUUAAAAAGCUGGGGCUCCGUCAGUCUCAAAUUGUAUUUCGUAUAGUGGAACAUCCACUGCAUGGACAGCUCAAAAUGGACAUCCCAUCCCAACAAGAGAAGGAUAUGUUCACAAUGUUAGAUUUAUGGCAUGGGCGAAUUACCUAUAUUCAUGAUAGUUCUGAGGGGACAGGGGAUCAUUUUAGUUUUUCUAUUUCCACUACAAGCAAGAAUGAAAUGCCCUCAUACUUGCAAGGUUCAGAACUAUAUAUUUCCAAUAUUACUGUCACCCCAGUAAACGAUGCUCCUGAACUCAUCCUUCCAGAAGGCAAUCUUUUUGUGUUACUGGAAUACUCAAAGAAGCCCCUCACCGCUAAUCUUCUUAAAAUUAUAGAUGUAGAUACAGAGCCACAGAACUUAACGUUAGUGGUUCUUGGUAACCUCAACCUAGAUGCUGGAUUUUUAGAAAACGUGAAAAAUCCUGGAAAUGCAGUUACCACAUUUUCUUAUUUUGAUUUGCUUGAAGGGAAUGUAUUUUAUGUUCAUCGUGGGGUGAAGAACUCUAGAUUAGUGCUGAGAGUAGUUGAUGGAGACAAGGUGAGUAAUACAAUAGUACUCAGAAUUUUAGCUGUUCCUCUUGAAUUUAAUGUAGUGAACAACACUGGCAUUGAAGUAAUGCAAGGUGAAAGUUCUUUAAUACAGACCAGCAAAUUAGCGGUGGAAAUAAAUGCUGUGAAUCAAGAGAUUGAAAUUAGAUAUGAAAUAACUGAAAUGCCAAAGUUUGGUGAAAUCCAAAGAAAAAGUUCUGGAAAUGAGUGGAAGGUCGCGGUCUCAUUUACCCAACGUUCUCUUGAACGUGAGCGAAUAAGAUAUCUUAGCACCUAUAAAGAAGUACAAGAAACCAAUGUGGUUGAAUACUUUAAAUGUAAAGUCAACAUUGGAAAUAAAUCAAGUGAAGAAUUUACAUUUCCUAUUCGUGUUUCAUGGAUUAAUUUUACAUUAGUCAGAAAUACCCCUUUAAAAAUUGAGAGUACCAAAAAGGCAUCUCUUAGUACAGAAAACCUAUAUGUUAUUCUACAUGGGAUAACAAUACCAGAAAAAGACAUUUGUUUUAAAGUAUUGUCCCUGCCAAAAAAAGGAAAUUUGCUGGUUAAUAAUAAGAUUUUAAAGAAAAAUGCAAAAUUCUCCCAGGUAGAUAUCACAAAUGGAAAAUUGGAAUAUGAACUGUUUGAUCGACCUAAUCAAGACUCCCAGGAUUUGUUUAGUUUUGCAUUAUUCACGAAACAUGCAGAGUCAAAACCUCAUAAUUUUAUAAUUCUCCUGAAAGCUGACAUGAACGCAAUUAUUGUCACUAACACAGGUUUGACUUUACCAGAAGGGGAUGCAAAACUCAUAACCAGACAGCUGCUUUUUGUGCAAACUUUGAAUAAUAAAACCUUCAACUACAAGAUUUCGAAAAGCCCCCAACAUGGCAGUCUCAAAUUAAUGAAUUUUUCAGACUCCCAACUGAGCAACAGUAACAUCACAGAAUUUUCAAGCCAAGAUAUUGUAGGUGAACGUUUAAUGUAUGUCCACGAUGAUUCUGAAACAACGUUUGAUACAUUUACACUCAUAGCAUCUUCUGUAGAGUCUGAUGAGAGAAUUGUUGAUGAAGAUGCAGUUUCUUUGCAGGCAGAAAUUGUCUUUAAUAUAUCCAUAGAACUGAAAAAUGAUGAAAAACCUGUCCGUGUGGUUGAUAAACUCUUUCACGUUGUUCGGAAUGGACAGAGGCUAGUCACAUUGGAUGAUUUGCGUUACCAUGACCCUGAUACAGAUUUUGAUGACAAAGAGUUAUUAUAUACAAGACGUGGUAUUCCCAAUGGAGACUUGGUAUCCGCUGAUGAUUCUUCUAAAAAACUUUACGAGUUUACCCAAGAGAACUUGGAAAAAAAACAAGUCCUUUACAUACACCAUGGAAGUGAUUAUGGGCGUUUUGUCUUGUUUAUUACUGAUAAAAAACAUUACACCUCAUCACUACUAGAAGUUAGUGCAUCAGAACCAUUCAUUAAAGUAGUAAACAAUACUGGUCUACUGGUGCAGAAGGGGAAGGAGAUUAUAUUGACAACAUCUAACUUCAGUUGUGUGACAAACCUUUACAUUUCAGGAGAUGAAGAGAUUGUAUAUCAUGUAAUUUUGCCACCAAAAUAUGGACAGAUUCGUGUACAGAAUCGUUCAGCCAAUUCUUUUAAUCAUCAAGACCUAAAGUUGGGUCAAGUAGUUUAUAAACAUGAUGACCGCAAUAAUCUAAUGGACACUUUUAAUUUGACAGUAAAAGUCAAGUCUAUAGUUCUGAAUGUUGAGAUUAAAGUUCGUGUGUAUUUAGAAAGCCAUCAAAGAUUGCCAAAAGUUUUGCACCUGAACGGUCUUCUAGUAGAAGAAGGAAAGCCAGUUAAAAUUGACAAAGAACAUUUGCAGGUUAUCCAUGAAUAUAACUCACCCAAUGAAAUAGUUUUCACAGUAGUAACAAGCCCAUUACAUGGUUACAUACGCAAAUUUGAACCUACGGAAGGACACUUGGCUACGGAAUCCAGUUCUCUAGUGACAUUUACACAAAAGGAUGUUAACAUGGGAAAUGUUCAGUAUGUACAAGCAGGCUUUGGUCAGCUUCAUGAUAACUUUACAAUGGAUGUUACCAAUGGAGUACGAGAGAUCACUGGAAUUACAUUGUUUAUCGAUAUCAUUCCUACCUUGAUCCCUCUGGAGGUUCAAAAUAUAACUGUGAAGGAAGGGGCAUCAAAGGUCCUAACACUGGAACAAUUAAGAAUCCCCAGCAAGCAUUUUGCAGGUCUCGUUUGUGAUUUUGUCUUGAUAGAUUUUCCAAAGAAUGGUUUUGUGGAAAACACAAGAUAUCCUGGAAUAAAGCUCUCACGUUUUACUACAAAACAGGCGGAGCAGGAGCUGAUCUACUACACCCAUGAUGACAGUGAAACUUCCUUCGAUAAUUUUUCCAUAAUAGUCAAAAACACUGAACUUGCCAAGCAAAGUCUGCCGCAAACAAUUUAUGUAACAGUGACCCCAGUAAACGAUGAGCUUCCAGUUAUUACAACUAACAGGAUAUUUCGGGUUGUAAGGUAA